AUGCGCACUGGACGCACGGAUCGCAGAGGAGCUGGACGGCUCCAGGAGGUGUCGGUGAACAGGUGCCUUGCGAAACUUACAGCUGCAGCCUAUGACAAACACAAAGGGGCAUUACCAGGCUUCCGUCCUGCUGUGAUUUGUAAAUAGUUAGGGUCCCAGAAGUGCUCAAAGGGGCUUUCUCUCCGCUGCACAUGAACAUAUAUUUGGAAGACCUUUGCCCACUCCCUGACCCGUGACUUCUCCAUCUUGUUUGCCUCUUCUUGCUUCACUCUCAUUACCAGCACUGAUCUUCAUGGUGGAUGAGCAGGAUGUGGCUUCCUCUGCCAGCAUCAGAAAAUGAACGCCACUCUGUGUGACUCUGCAGCGACCAUGUUUCACCUGACAACAGACCACCAGCUGAACGCUAGCUACAACUGCUCCUCGCCCUCCUCCAAUUGGACAGUGGGGGGCGAUGCCUUGCAGCUGCCCACGUUCACCACAGCAGCCAAAGUCAGAGUGAUUUUCACGUGCAUUCUCUGCGGCAUAUCGGCCUUUUGCAACCUGGCUUUGCUGUGGGCGGCUCACAGCGACGGGAAACGCAAAUCCCAUGUCAGGGUGCUGAUAAUCAAUCUGACGGUGGCUGAUCUGCUGGUGACCUUCAUCGUGAUGCCUGUGGACGCCGUGUGGAACAUCACAGUCCAGUGGCUUGCUGGGGACUUUGCCUGCAGGCUUCUGAUGUUUCUUAAGCUGCAGGCGAUGUACUCAUGCGCCUUUGUCACCGUGGUGAUCAGUCUGGAUAGGCAGUCAGCCAUCCUCAACCCCCUGGCUAUCACUAAAGCCAGAAAGAGAAACCGAGUAAUGCUGACUGUGGCGUGGGGCAUGAGUGUUAUGCUGUCAGUCCCUCAGAUGUUCCUUUUUCACAACGUGACCAUCAUCCACCCCGAGGACUUCACUCAGUGUACCACACGUGGAAGUUUUGCCGCUCACUGGCAUGAAACGGCGUACAACAUGUUCACUUUCUGCUGCCUGUUCCUGCUGCCUCUGGUCAUCAUGAUCACCUGCUACACCAGGAUCUUCUGUGAGAUCUCCAAACGACUGAAAAGCGACAACGUGCCCUCCAAUGAAGUGCAUUUGCGGUGUUCGAAGAAUAACAUCCCCAGAGCCCGGAUGAGAACUCUUAAAAUGAGUAUUGUGAUCGUCUCGUCUUUCAUUGUCUGCUGGACGCCGUACUACCUGCUGGGCCUGUGGUACUGGUUCUUCCCCAACGACCUGGAGGGGAAGGUCUCCCACUCGCUGAGCCACAUCCUGUUCAUCUUUGGGCUCGUCAACGCCUGCCUGGACCCGCUCAUCUACGGCCUGUUCACCAUUCACUUCCGAAAGGGGCUCCGGAGGUUUUAUUGCAAAGCCAAAACGGCGUCCGACAAGGAGAACAACACGGUUCUAACUGGAUCUUUCCCUUGCGCCGCCAACUCUUUGCCACUGGAAAGAGCGGCGAGCCCCGUCAGCCAGGAGAGGUUCAUGUUGUGCAGCGAUGACCACAGCAAAGCUGAGACGAUGUCGGCGAAGAGCAGCUUUCUCACAGUAGACAAUGAUGCAGAGAGAGAUCCAAACCAGUCCAGCCCUGAAAGCAUCAUAUGAGGCUCUCUGACUGUCGGGUGUGUGGGCUACUGUAUUCCUACUGUAACACGCUUCUGUUAUAAAGGAAAGUUUAGUGCUCUGUACAUUGUAACAUGUGGUCAUUUUGAAUUAAAAGUAUUCACUGGGA